AUGGGCUCAUUUAUCAUUUUUCUAUUGCUUUUCGUGUCUUCUGUAAAUGGAAUUGAAUACUCCCACACUGAAUUGUUGGAUGGUGAAGCUUAUAAAGCACACUGGAGGUUCAAUAAUGAAACAGCAACAUUUUAUUUCAAAGUUGAAGUAAACGCCACUGGGUGGCUUGGAUUUGGAGUGUCAAAGCUUUUGUUUCCACCGUUUGAGGGACUUCAGUGGAAUAGGAACUCAAUGGAUCAUUAUGAUGUUAUUGUCGGGGGAGUGGACAGUGGAACAGAGUAUUAUAAGGCUAGUAUUGUAGACAGAGCUGUAGUGGAGUUUUGUCAACUACUUUAAUCCGUUUAAAUUUGAUAUUAGACUUAUCUAGUAGCUUAUUCAUAAUUUAUGUGAUUGUGUACUUCCCGGAACCAAGUUUAAAUUAUCUUCUCACUGAAAUGUCGGAAAAUUACAUGGGCCAAACUUUCCCCUUCAUAUGUGUAUACGGUCACGUACUAUUUUAUAACAAUUUCAUAUUGAAAAUUUUCUAAAAUUAUACAUAUAAGCAAGUGAAAACUAACGCAAAAGAAGUCGAACGUUUCGACGCAUGAACGAGGUGCGGGAUUGCGGAAAAUUAGUUCAGUGCUUAUAGGAAGGAUAUCACAAUAUCACAAAUGACCUAUUNACACUAUGCUCAGCGCUUCUGUGGUCGAUGCGAUUUAGACGUCCAUAGCUAAGAAGCACAAGUAUAACACAAACGUUUUCCUUUUCAAAAGGGUUGGCGAUAGGCAGGGGGUCAGCUCGUCGCACGUUCGAGGGGGAGGGGGGGGGGGGGGGGGCGGUCUCCAAAAAAAAUUUUUCGACCCUUCGAGCCUCAGUUUGGUCUAAAAAUAAGGGGGGCGGGGCCACCAGGUCCUUCCCCUAGAUCCGCCACUGCUAAUAAUUAUGAAGCAAAAUGGAUUCUUUUAUCACUUUGGUAGGUCCCAUUUUGAAUCCUAUUUGUGGUUGUAAGUAUAGUUUGAAGGCUAGUUGUUAAUGUAGCUGUGUACGCAGUGUUACGGUAGGAAUAGGAACUUAAAUUACAAAAGUGGAAAUGUUUUGUUUAGUUUUUAACAUGACUUUGCAAAUUGUUAUCUCCUAGGAUUACAUGACAGACGGACACGUACACCCUACGCCAGAUGCAAAACAGGAGCCUGACUGGAAUGUAACAAACCUUACUGAAACUGGUGGCUGGACGGUGAUGGAAUUUGAGAGGAAGCAGAGUACUAGUGAUAUUGACGACCAU